AUGGAUGAGUCUAUGUCUCUGUUCUACUAUGCAGCUGCUCAAAAGUGCAUUUGCAUUAACACUGGAUACAUAAGGAGACCUUCAGCAAUAGGACAAAGUGCUGAUGGGUGGAACUAUUAUCUAAUUUUAGACGAACGAUGUCCCAGAAAAUCUGGAUAUGUGUACAGCAAAAUAUUUCACAGUUGCUACAAACUCCACAUGCAGAACAAUUCCAUAUUAUAUAUUGAUUAUAAUUCUAUCUGUGAAGAUGAAGGUGGUGAACUGAUGAAAAUUGAUUCAGACAAAAAACAACAACAUGUUGCAGAUUUUCUUGAUCAGUUCGAAACUUCUACAUGGUUCUUUUUCCAAGGAUCUCAUAUUGCAGUAGAUGAGUAUUGGUACUACAACGAUGGAUCAAUUAUGUCUUAUUUUAAUUGGGCUCCAACUCAGCCUGAUAUGACAAAUUAUGAGGUUGGCGCUAGAGAAAAUAUUGCUAUGAGAACACAGGAACGCUAUGCUUGGUUUGAUUUAUGGUAUAACUAUAAAGGAAACUUUUUAUGUGAAAGAAGAAUUUUGGAAUAUUGA